CAACAGUGUUUUUAUUCGUGAGAAAUCCCCUCUUCCUCUCGUCGUUAUCAGUACUAAAUACGAGAGAGACCAGCUGCACCGUAAACACUCUAGUCCGCGCUGUUGAUCGAGCAAGAUGAAAGUUACGUUCUGGAUGGUGCUGUUGCUGCCCAUCCAUGCCGCGAUCGCCACCACACUCUCGAUACGGAAUCAUACCUGUGUCCCGUCCGGUUACACCAAGAUUUGCAUCCUCGACAGUCUUCACUACCAUCCGAAUGAGGUGGUCCACAAUUUCCCCCCAAAUCAGUCCCACAUAAGGAUCGUAUCUCAACCUUCUGGAUAUAGCAGGGAAGUCCUAAUUAUGAACGCCAAAUUGUACGCCCUGCUCGGUCAACCGGAGAUCUUGGAAGUGCGCGGACAUGCCGUGUGGAGUCUGCAGAUACCGCGAGCACUCAAACGAGGAAGUUUCCCGCAUGUCUACGUCAGGAAUCUCACCGUGGAACCAGGCACGGAUUCCCCAGUGCUAGUAUACUUAGAUCUAACGAACAAUUACUUGCGGAAAGUUUCCAGCGUAGCCAGUUUGAUUAACUUGGAGGUUCUCCGCCUGAGUGACAACUUCAUCUCAACUAUAGUCCCGUCCACAUUCGAGAAUCUCACCAAGCUGCGCUACCUCGACUUGAGCUACAACGACCUCAGCCAGAUCUCCAUCACCACCUUCCCAAAAAGCUUAAUCCACCUAAACCUCUACAAAGGCCAACUCUCAUCGCUCAACUACGCCACCCUUAACUACCCCUCGCUGGAAGUCCUCAACCUCGAACGCAACGAUCUACCCUUUAUCGACGGCCCCUCGCUGAUCCUAGCCCUGCCCAGUCUGAAGCUCGUCCGUAUCGCCGGAAACCCCCUCGAGAAGUACGAACUCCAGCAAACCCUGCUCCUGUUCCAACGCCGCAACAUCAGCUUCCGGAACGAGGCGGACGAGGCGAGUUGUACGGCUGGUGAGGACGUCCACGAAGGAGUUUGCAUUGCCCAACCCAAGCCACCCCGGACGGUGCUGAAGGACGUGGCGAUGAGCUUGGCGGUGGUUUUGGUGGCGAUCGCGUUGGUGGCGACCCUGCGCUGGGUGUUUCUCGCGAUGGGUGGGAAGUGAUAACGGAAACAAGUACGUUCGUGGAAUUGUGUUGCAGUAUAUAAAGUUGGUUCUAGAUUCCAAUGAAAAGAA